AAAAUUAAACCACAAUUAGUUCAUUCACUGAUUUCUAUUUCUCUCUUAUUCAAGUGACUGAAGAGAAGUCUUUUGCAAAGUCAAUGAAUGAGACAAAUCAUUCUCGGGUGACUGAAUUUGUGUUGCUGGGUUUAUCUAGUUCCCAGGAGCUCCAACCUUUCUUGUUUCUCAUAUUUUCACUGCUCUACCUAGCAAUACUGCUGGGAAACUUUCUCAUCAUCCUCACUGUGACCUCAGAUUCCCGCCUUCAUACCCCUAUGUACUUUCUGCUCGCAAACCUCUCUCUUAUAGAUAUAUGUGUUGCCUCCUUUGCUACCCCCAAAAUGAUUGCAGACUUUCUGGUUGAGCGCAAGACUAUUUCUUUUGAAGCCUGCCUGGCCCAGAUUUUCUUUGUUCAUCUAUUUGCUGGUGGUGAAAUGGUGCUCCUUGUAUCCAUGGCUUAUGACCGUUAUGUUGCUAUAUGUAAACCUCUCCACUACACGACAAUCAUGAACUGGCGUGUGUGUAUUACUCUGGUCCUCAUUCCAUGGUGUGUGGGUUUCAUCCAUACUACUAGCCAGCUGGCAUUUACUGUUAACUUGCCUUUUUGUGGGCCUAAUCAAGUGGAUAGUUUUUUCUGUGACCUCCCUUUAGUGACCAAACUGGCCUGCACAAACACUUAUGUUAUCAGUUUACUAAUAGUUGCAGACAGUGGCCUUCUUUCUUUGAGUUCCUUCCUCCUGUUGGUUGUAUCUUACACUGUGAUACUCAUCACAGUUAGGAGCCACUCCUCUGCUAGCACAGCCAAGGCCCGCUCCACACUGACUGCUCAUAUCACCGUGGUCAUAUUAUUCUUUGGACCAUGCAUCUUCAUCUAUGUGUGGCCCUUCAGUGGUUAUUCAGUUGACAAAGUCCUUGCAGUGUUCUACACCAUUUUUACUCCCAUUUUAAACCCGGUUAUCUAUACUCUAAGGAAUAAAGAAAUGAAGGCAGCUAUGUCAAAACUGAAGAGUCGGUAUCUAAAGUCUGGCCGGGUUUCUGCAGUCAUAAGAAAUGUUCUCUUCCUAGAAACAAAGUAAAUUUAUAGAACUGUUAUUACCACUGUAGCCUGUGGCUAGACAUUUACAAAUUGAAUAUUUGUGAUAUUAAAGCAAAUCAUUUUGACCGAU